AUAAACUAGGCCACCGGUUCUUUCAUUCAAAACGCCCUCAUUUGACCAAGAGCAUUCGAACAAGAUGCAUUAUUUGCCUUUCUUUAUAACUAUAAUCACGUGGUACUGUUUAAUAUUAUUUUGCGUAUGCGACAGUCAUAUACGAAACUGUAAAAAUUACAAGCAGAUAAAUAAGGAAAAUAUCAGAAACUGUCUUCCGAGUAUAAUCGUGACAAAAAUUAAGGACCAAGAAGAUUUUGUGAAAAGUGAAGUGAUUAACGAUACCAAAGAAAAUGUUGACUUAAGUUCGUUACUUAAUAGUGACAUGGAAAAUAUAGUACAAAAUAAAGAAUAUUUUAUAUACAACGACCUAAAAUUGUGUGUAAAUUUAACCAACUCUACUGUGGCGUUUUCACUAAGACCACAAGCAAAUGUAAGCUCCCUUGCACGAGGAAUGCAGUUUUCAAUGAAAAAGGUAAAAGAAUAUAUUCCAUAUUUAAUCGUUCCUGGAUUGAUUAUGUCCGGAGUCUUGCCUUGGGUUCUUCCAGGGAUUAACAUGGUAGCUAUGUUUCUUUCAAUGAUAAACCAAAUGGCUUUUACAAGUUCUUUAUUUGCUUUAGUUCGAGGGUAUAUAUUUAACAAUGAAAGGGAUGAGCAUAUUAUAUACGUUAAUCAUGGAUAUAAAAAUAAUUAUCAUUAUGGUCAUAGGUAAUUUGAAUGUAAAAACACCAUGUAUGUUUUUGAUGUAAAUAUUGUAUUAUAAAUAAGACCUGUAAAUUGUUUUAUGUGUAUUAAAUUAUUUAUUUUAAAAUUUAUGUCGAUGCCACACUGUU